AAAACAAUUGACAAACAUACAGAACAGAUCAUUAACAUGGAAGGCUUCAAGGCAAUUUAUCGAACUAUUGUAUACAGACCUGAAUUUCAAGAACUUUUCCGAGCUUACUCCCCGGAUGGCAAAAAUCUGUCUGAAAAUCAGCUCAUUAAGUUUCUCACAAAAGAACAAUUUCAAACCAAAGCUGAUGAAACAACUGCCUUAGAAAUUAUUUUGAAGUAUGAACCCAUUGAUGAAGUCAGGAAAAGAAGGGAGAUGUCAUUCGAAGGAUUUGUAAGGUACAUGAACUCAGAAGAAUGUUCCAUAUUUAAAAAAGAGCACAGGACCAUCUACCAAGAUAUGAAUCAACCAUUAUGUGACUACUUCAUUUCAUCUUCUCACAACACCUACUUGGUAGCUGACCAACUCAUGGGACCCAGUCACUUAUGGGGCUACAUCAGUGCUCUCUUAAGAGGGUGUCGUUGCCUGGAAAUCGACUGCUGGGAUGGCAAUGAUGAUGAGCCCAUUGUGUAUCACGGCCACACUCUGACCAGCAAAAUCCCCUUUCGUUCUGUGAUCCAUGCCAUCGAGAAGUAUGCAUUUAUGUCAUCUGACUAUCCAGUGGUGCUGUCUCUGGAGAACCACUGCAGCCCUGAACAGCAGGAAGUGAUGGCAGAGUGCUUAAAAAGUAUUCUAGGUGACAAACUUCUUACUACAACACUUGAUGGUAAGACAGAGGUGACUCAGCUACCUUCUCCUGAGGCAUUAAAAUUCAAAGUUCUGAUAAAAAAUAAAAAGGUUGGAACACUUGAGGAAGGUAUGCGCAGGAUGGGUGAUGAAUGUGAAGGGGAGGUUGAGGAAUUGUCUGAAGAAUCUCUGACUGAGGACACUGACACAGAUGACACUACUCCUCUUCACCAAUCGAAUGGAGCCACCAAAAGAAGAAAAGAUCAGAAAUCUUACCCACCUAAAAAGAAGAAGAAAAGAAUGAAGAAGACAAAAAUUGCCCUUGCACUGUCAGACCUGGUGAUUUAUACCAAAUCUUCAAAGUUUGUGAGCUUUGAGCAUUCCUUAGAACAUCAGAAAUGCUAUGAAAAUAAUUCAAUUGGAGAGACUAAAGCACGAAAAUUUGCAAGACAAUCAGCUGAAGAGUUUAUUUCUCAUACUACAAGAUUUAUUACAAGAAUCUACCCCAAAGGAACGAGAAUGACCUCUUCAAAUUAUAAUCCUCAAACAUUCUGGAAUGUGGGGUGUCAAAUGG